GCAUCAUAGAGCACCCAUUAAGUAAAUGUGUUCGCUUAUGUUAAACAAUGCCUCUGCUACUUCAUUGACCUGGGGGAGCUCUAUCUUCACUUGUGGGAAGUGUAUUGGCUUCUAUGAUGUGCAAAGGUGUUUACCAGCCAAAUCAUGCAGUGGAGUUGCAUUCAGGCCAAGAGCUUUUGCAAGUCGGAAUUCUGUGAAGAAGUUGAGAAGGGAGAGGCUAGCAAGCGAAAGGGUAGCUGAUAAGACUACUGCUAGUUCUGAAAAUGUUCAAAAUGUUGACAAGGUGGAGCUUUCUGAUGAUUCAGCUGCAGAGAAAGGAGUUAAUAUCCCUUCCAGAGGUGCUGUGCUUCAGGCUUGCACUGUUACUUCCGGGUUGAUAGCUGCUUUGGGUAUACUAAUACGACAGGCAUCUCAUGUUGCAUCAAUCGAAGGAUUACCAGUCAUUGACUGCUCAUUGGAAGUAUCAUUUGAGUUUGAGACAUGGCAUCUUCAGUUGAUUGCGGGAUUGGUUAUUUUGAUAUCAUCAUCACGAUACCUAUUACUGAAGACAUGGCCAGAAUUCGCAGAGUCUAGCAAAGCAGCCAAUCAACAGGUACUUACUUCACUUCAACCUUUGGAUUUCAUAAUCGUUUCAUUUUUGCCUGGGUUCAGCGAGGAACUUCUUUUCCGUGGUGCACUGCAACCUCUUUUUGGAUCCAAUUUGAGUAGUGCCUUGGUGGUUGCCCUUGUCUUUGGUGCUCUACACCUUGGCAGUGGCCGAAAGUAUUCCUUCGCAGUCUGGGCAAGUUUGGUUGGCUUUGUGUAUGGUUAUGCAACCAUUGCAUCUUCUAGCCUUGUUGUGCCAAUGGUUUCUCAUGCAAUGAACAACUUGGUGGGAGGGAUUUUAUGGCAAUACAGAUCAGAUUCAUCGCGACAGAUAUCAGAUUCAAACUAGAGGUCGAUACUGUAAGCUAGAAUAGGGAAAGAUUAAAAUGAUACAUGUACAAAAUUCCAGAUGAAAUGCACUUGUCACCCGGCCCCUGUUAAUUUGAAUGCAAAAGCUGUCAUUUCUUUUGCAAAAACUUGCCUUUUCUGUUCAAAUGUGAUAAUUGUCACUAGAUCUCAAGGUGCUAUAAAUAGGGAGAAAUGCUUUCUUGCAAAGCAAUGUGCACUUAAGCUCUAGUAUCUUAUUCGUAUAGUUAGCUGAAAAGAAUGAACAAGAUGAUGAAGUCUUCAUUGGCAAUUAUGCUCGCCUUGUUUUCCAUCAUUCUGGUGGCUAACAUGGGCCAAAUGAAAUUAGCAGAAGCCAGCAGUA